CUGUGGCACAAUAAACUUCGCGCAAAUUCGACUAAACGUCUCACCUUAUUCUCUGGAAGUAUCCACUAACAAUUCACCGUUAUGAUUAAGAUGUCCUGCGUUUCAGUCGCAGAUUUGUUAGGUGAACGGAGAGCGGGGCCAAUGUGACAUUGCUUAUAUGCUGUGCACGGCUCAUUGUUCUGGUCCCGGACGCAAAGAUGAUGUUGAGUCGACUAAUGAGCGGCAGCGUCAGAAACCUGGAGCGAGAAUUCAGCUGUACCGUCCGGCUGCUGGACGACACCGAGUACACCUGCACUAUUCAGAGGGACUCUAAGGGUCAGUAUCUGUUUGAUCUGCUCUGUCACCAUCUAAACCUUCUAGAAAGGGACUACUUUGGCAUCAGAUAUGUGGACCCAGACAAGCAAAGGCACUGGUUGGAGUUUACCAAGUCAAUCGCCAAGCAAAUUAAAUCCCAGCCUCCGUUUACCAUGUGUUUGCGAGUCAAAUUCUACCCACCAGAACCUGCUUCUCUUAGGGAGGAAAUCACCAGAUAUCUUGUCUUCCUACAGAUCAAGAGAGAUCUCUAUCAUGGCCGGCUCCUUUGCAAGACAUCAGAUGCAGCUAUACUGGCAGCUUACAUUUUACAGGCUGAGAUUGGAGACUAUGACCCAGGAAAGCAUCCUGAGGGUUACAGUUCCAAGUUCCAGUUCUUCCCCAAGCACUCAGAGAAACUAGAACGAAGGAUUGCAGAGAUUCACAAGACAGAACUAAUGGGCCAAACACCAGAAACCUCAGAGCGAAAUUUCCUGCAAAAAGCACAGAUGCUGGAGACAUACGGUGUAGAUCCACACCCAUGCAAGGACGUGUCUGGGAAUCCUGCUUUCCUCGCCUUCACUCCUUUUGGUUUUGUUGUGCUUCAAGGGAACAAGCGGGUUCAUUUUCUCAAAUGGAACGAGGUGACCAAGCUAAAGUUUGAGGGAAAGACAUUUCAUAUAUAUGCAAAUCAGAAAGAGGACAAAAAAAUAAUCCUAACAUAUUUUGCACCAACACCAGAAGCUUGCAAACACCUGUGGAAAUGUGGUGUGGAGAAUCAGGCUUUCUACAAGCUGGAGAAGUCUAGUCAGGUACGCACUGUGUCCAGCAGCAACCUGUUUUUUAAGGGUAGCCGCUUCCGUUACAGUGGCCGAGUGGCCAAAGAGGUGAUGGAACAGAGUGCUAAAAUCAAACGGGAGCCACCUGAAAUACACAGGGCUGGGAUGGUGCCCAGUAGAAGCUGUCCAUCCAUUACUCAUGGGCCACGCUUGAGCAGUGUGCCCCGCACCCGCCGGAGGGCUGUGCACAUAUCCAUCAUGGAAGGAUUGGAAUCUCUGCGGGACAGUGCACAUUCUACACCUGUACGAUCAGUCUCACAUGGUGAGUCAUUCAUAUCUCGUUCCCACGGUCAGGUGAAUGAGUGCAGUGAUACUGCAGCUGUAAUUGCGGAGGAUACCUACAACCCAGCAGACAGCGUUUUACCCACACCAGUGGCUGAGCUCAGCCCAGAGCCUGCUGCUAUCGCUGCUCGUCAUUUCAACGGUGCCCCCUACAGCAUUGAUGAGGUGAAGGAACCUGAUGCAGCUAGGGUGACAGUGAGAGAACAAGGUGAGCCAGGAACAACUGUUGGUGCAGCUCUGGCGGUGCCAUCCACUCUCACUGAGGCGGAGCAAGUAAAUAAGUUUGUCUUGAGUGUUCUUCGUCUGCUUCUUGUCACUAUCGGACUACUCUUUGUUUUGCUCCUCCUCCUGAUUGUACUUACAGAGUCAGACCUGGAUGUGGCAUUUUUGCGUGACAUCCGCCAAACACCUGAGUUUGAGCAGUUCCAUUAUGAAUAUUUUUGUCCCCUCAGACGGUGGUUUGCUUGUAAGCUGCGCUGGGUGGGUGGCCUGCUUAUUAACAAGUGAGAAGAAGAACAUGGAAGGGGGAUCAAAUAAAAGAUGUUGGCAGACGAAUAGGCUGAGAGGUGGAGGGCAGCAAGCUGAACCCAACAAUAAAAUGAGGCUCCCUCUUUUCCUGUUUUCAGCCAUAACCUCUUUUUAUGUUUAACAUCGUUUUGUCUAUCUGUUUAAUUGUUCUUAUUUAUUUAUUAUCAUUAUUAAUUAUUAUUUUUGUUGUAUUCCCUAUUUUUUAAU